UAAUCUACAUCCGUUUUGAAAUUAUGCAUUGUUUAUUUUGUAACAGCAAAGAAAUCUAUACUCUAGAACUAGAUCUAGACUAGAUUUAACAAGACUAGAUUCUAGAUUUUAGCUCCAAUACAGGAUUUCGAGACAUAAUUAAUCUAUCAACUUUCAGUAACCAAAGCCAAGUUCCAAUCAGUGCUCUAGCCUCCUCACCACAUCCCUCUAUUCAGCCUCUCCUCAGCCUUCAUCCCCAUUCCCCAACCCCAAGCUGUUGUAGACCUGCCUCCACAUCAACAAUCCAUCACAUUUGAAGUCUGCAUUGUUUUUGUUUUUCCAGUAUACCAUUCAAGAAGAGUUGAAAUCUUCUAAAUCUUCAGAUUGUAACUAGACUAAUAAACAGAAGAUGAAUUUCUCUGUCAUUACAACUAGAUCUAGAUUUAAUGUAAACAAUUUCUUUACCUUCGGACUAUUAAUUUUUGCCUUCUGUUUACUGCCAUCUCAUGUGAGUGCUGAUGUUACUUGUAUCGGAACUGACUUCCCCCAAACUAUAACUGUAACUUGUUAUGGUGUGGGUGCUUAUUGUUGCCAAGACUCAGAUUUUCAUCCUAAAUGUUGCUAUACAUUUGUUUAUGAAAUGUGGUGGUUUUGGCUGAUCUGGGUAUUCAUUCUUCUCAUGGCAUUUGUGUGUGGGCUGGCUUGCUGGAGAAGACGGAGAGCACAGAUUCGCUACACUGUCAUGGCUAAUUCCCAAUACCCUACAUAUGGAACAGUGGUACAUACUUCCAGCACCAACACAACAUCUGGCUACAACAACCCAACCGCUCCUUUAUAUGGAGGCAACUACACUGCUGCUCCACCACCUGAUUAUUAUGCCCAACCUCAGAAACCCCCACCAUACCCAACUGCUUAAACAGUUAUGACCUUACAGAGAAGUUUCAAUAUCUAGACAGAACAGACAGCCUGUUGUAAAUUUAAAUUUACUAACUGUAACUGUUCAGGUGAUGACUAUUGAUGAAUUUAAAACCAUCUGUAUUUUGUACCCGGUAUGUUUCUUAAACCUGUGAUCUUAGUUGGUUAUAAUGCUUAAAUGUGAUGUAUCCUAUACCCUGUAAAACAUUGAGUGAAUAUGAAUGCUUUAUAAAACACAGUUCCAUAUAACUAUCCUGGACAAUAGUUGAAACUAAUAAAAACAUCACCUAACAGUUACUUCAUAUUAGGUUUAAUUUGAAAUUUUUCAAUUGGUAUUAAGAAACUUUUUAUUUUAAUUUCCAUAAUUAAUCGACAAUAAAAACUGUUAAGUACAACUUUCAUUGUUUGUGUGUAAAGGUAAGUAAUCCAUUCAAGAAGGCUCAUUAUAAACCUUAUUAUAAAAUGUUUUAAAAACAUUCUGCAUUACAAAGGCUGUUCCAGACUCAGAAGUGUUUCUUAUGGAUCCACUGUGUUUAUAAUUAGAUACUGGUACAUUAAUACACUAAGAUUCAGUAUGUUUCAGGCUUUCAAAAUAGUUUACUCAACAAAAAUAAUAAUAAUAAUCUACAAAAUACAAAACAUAAAAUGAUAUCUUCAUUUUAUAAAAAAAAACUAUGUUUCAAUUAUAGCAGCUUAGAGUAGAAAAAAAACAACUAAACAAUUAUUUAUAGAUAAGAUUGUAAAUAAUUUACAAAUAUUUUAUUCUUUACCCUGGAUAUUUCUGAGAAAUAAUUUUUGAAGUCAUGAAAUUUUUUUUAUAAAAUGAAGAUAUCAUUUUGAGAGAAAAUGUGUGUUUUUUUUUGUUUUCUUAUAAACUGAUAUGUUAUCUCUCCUACAAUUGUAAAGAUGUAUGUUCAAAAACUCAAUGUUAAUUCUCUCAAGGUUCAAUAGAUGGUAUGUUGUGAUAAAUUAAUGCUUAUUUUUCUACUGUUUUAUUGAUGGUAAGUUUUAACAAAUUAUGUUAAUUCUUAUUGAUGACAUGUUUUGAUGAGCAUAAAGCAGAGGCAGCCUUAGCAGUGUGCUGCUCCUUUGGUGAGUGUCGUGUCAGGAACAUGAAUUAAUUGGCUGACUGUGACAAAAAGAAAAAAAAUUGCAGGGCCCUGCCCUUGGGGGAGGGGGGGGAUUGUCAGCCCACUAAGGCCGCCUCUGCAUAAAGCGGUACUUACCCAAUUGGUACUUGACAGGCAUGAACUAUUUCAGUAUCAGUAUAAUGAAUUUUUGUUUUUAACAAAUUAAAUGCAGUGUUGUUGUUGUUUUUUCUUUCAUUUUGUUUAUUAUGAUUGCUUUUAAUUCUUUACUUUGUACUUUCUCCUGUGUUACAACAGAAGUCAAGAGAAAAACUGUCAUGCUCUUUUAUAAGCUACGUAGACAAUCAAUUUUUUAGACACCUUGAGCUACUUAGACUAAUUAUUAGAAAUCUGGGGCUAUUAAGUCUUAUAGUGUAAUAAUAAUAUGCAUGUACUACAAAAACAAUAUAAAGAGACCAUGUGUGUUUUUUUGUUAUGGUUUCAAGGCCACCCAGUUCUUAGGGAUUAUUGAAAUUUAUUUAAAAAUUAAACGAAGUUUAUCAUUAUACAGCUACAAGACAGUUUCACUAACCAUUGGACACAGAACUAUGUAAAAUGAGACUACCAACCAUUGCAGUGAUUGGUCACAGAUGUAUGUAAAAUAAGACUACUGAUAGUAUGCUGUAAAGGGCCAUCUAUUAUCUAUAUAUUUGUUUAUUCUUGAUGCUAGAUGUUCAAUAGUCUCAAAAUCAGCUCUAUGAACAUCUUGAAAAUGAUCAUAACACAGAGAUAAAUUGCAUUCUGUGUGUCAUGUUUUUCAGUUAGCUAAAAAUAGUUUUUAGUGUCAGGGUUUGUCUAACCAUUUGUUGUGGCCCAGUCUGUUGCAUGUAAAUUUUAUCUGUGUAUUAUUUUGACUAGCAAUUUUUUUAUGAUAAAGGAAAUGAAAGGUUGCAAGGCUUUUGAUUUAAUGAAUAAUUUCUAAUGUCCUACUGUUUUUAGUAUUGUAAUAAAUAUACAUGUAUAAUAUUUUCAAUUCAAAAGUAAUUUUGUCAAAUUUAAAUGUUUGAAUUGUAAUGUUUUUUAGCUGGGGAAAUGCAUUCCACAUGCCAUUUUGUGUAACAUUUAAAACCCAAUUUCUAAUUAAUCAAUGGCAUGGUUACAUGUUUUAUCCAUGUCCAUGUAUCAAGGGUCCAUAAAAUCUUGAAAGGCCAACAUUUACAAAAGACGGUCCAGUAGUUUUUAUCUAAUCAUUAUAUGUACAAUAUAACUCUAUACAAAUGUUUGAAUAGAACAGGCUGGCAGUUAUUGUCACAUUACAUGUAGAAAUGUAAACAGGGUGCCGUUAGUAGAGUCAAAACUUUGUACUCAUGUUGUGAAAUAACAAGGUACCGGUAUAGGAUUGUAUUUUCAUUACACAUAUAUCUUUUAUUUUUAUUUCAACACUGAAAGUUAAAAGUGUUGGACAUUAAGAAGCAAACAAAACUAAAAAUCUAGUUUAUUUAAAAAGAUUCUGUCUUUAGAUAGCCAUUCAAAUCAAAGUUUGACAUUGUAUUUUUUAUUGUGUACCGGUAUUCUUGUAUUGAGCUAGUGUUACUUUAAAUAGUUUUUCUCAUUUUUGUGCCUACCUUAUUGUUGUAUGAAACUAUGACCUGUACUGUUAUUCAUUUCACCUGUGCCAUCUUACCUUAUAAACUUUUUAUAGUGACCUAUACUUUCAUUUUUAGUCAGAUUUUUUUUAACCAUUAUUGGACAUUCAAAUGGGUAAGGAGAAUAGAGAAUAAAAGCUAUUUAAAACUUUGGUUUAAAUUUGUUAAAAGCUCUACAAAUUAUUGUUUAUUGUUAACACUAUCUCACAAUUCAAUAAGUAAUAAAAUAAAGAAACUUUUGUACCUUGAA